UUCUCUCAGUCGACGACUCCUUCAGUUUGUUUAGUACCGGGGCGACCAGCGUUUAGACACCCGAUGUUUUCACAAUGCGGAUCUAACUUCAACAACAGCUGGGCUUUUUAAAAUUAUUAUUUUUUUAGCGUUUCCACGGCUAGUUACCAAUCCAUCCGAUUAGUAUUCACAUCUAUAAGGAAGUUUUAAACGGGAGGGUGGGGGGGGGGUACCCACAUAUAAUAAACCGUAACGUAAUAGACGCUUAAUUGCGAUUUAUUAUUAUGGAGGAGAAGAAGGAGAAGGAGGGCGAAGCGGAGAUCCAGGAGCACGGUCCCGAACAUUGGUUCUCCAAAUGGGAGCGGCAGUGUUUGGCCGAAGCCGAGCGACAGGAGCCGAGCGACGACGAGUCGGAGCAAAGUCAGCAAAAACUAUGGCAUCUUUUCCAAAAUUCAGCCACUGCGGUCGCACAGCUAUACAAAGACAGAGUUUGUCAACAGCAGGGUCUGUCUCUCUGGGUUCCCUUCCAGAACGCAGCUACUGCCGUCACCAACCUAUACAAAGAGUCACUAGAGUCCCACCAACGGAGCUAUGAGUUGGGGGUCCAGCGGGCCUACCAGCGUCGUAACAAAGACGUGCUGGCCUGGGUGAAGAAGAGGAGGAGAAACAUCAGGAGGGAGGACCUCAUCAGCUUUUUGUGUGGCAAGGCCCCGCCCCCACGCAACCCCCGUCGCGACGCACAGACACCCAAACACGGCCACGCCCUCUCUGUGAUGUCACCCGGCAGGCCGCCGUCCACAGAGAGCGGGUCGUCUGUCGAGGCUGACCUGCAGCCCUUCAGAGAGGCCAUCGCACUGCACGGCCUGAGUGGGGCGAUGGCCAGUAUAUCCGUUCGUUGCGGUGCCCCUGGCUCUCCGACGCACCUGACACGCGACAGCCCCGUCACUCCGCAGCCGGGUCGUAACCGUAGGAACGGUCUCCACGACGUCGACCUGAACACCUUCAUCGCCGAGGAGAUGGCGCUCCAUUUGGAGAACGCCGCGGCAACCGCUGCAGCCAAUAGGAAGAGGGCGUCUGCCCAGUGCAGUGACGUCAUCACAGACUCGCCCACCCACAAACGCAACCGGAUGCUCUGAGUGUCCCCGGAUAUCACACACACACAUCGACGACACACACACACACACGCUCAAGGCACGUUUCUCACACACACGCCACGCACACUAGAUAUUUCUACUUUGCUGUCGCGGCCCGAGCUGAUUGGAUGAUGACUCGUCCACCAGGCCGGCCAAUCAAACCCUCCCAACCUGGCACCUCCCCCUCUGUUGCUUUAAAAAAAAAAAAAGAGAGAGAAAUGUAAAUGAUUAAAAAGCCACUUAUCCC